UAUUUGAUUUGCUCAAUGACCAGUUUGUUGUUUUUUCGGGGUCGUUUUCUGUCUAGUUGUCAAGUCUUGAUAGCUAUGUGCUUUGCUAGGUGGUUUGUUUCUUUGAUUGGUAAACGAGCUAACAUGGACAAACCAAGUGAUUAAGAUGUCAUAGAUUUAUACAUUUCUUGAGUCUUGUUGAGGGGAGGUUGACUCUUUUAGAGAAGUUUUUGAAGUAUUAUUUGAUUGGGAACUGAUGGAUCCUUCAAUGAAUUGAUAUUGUCUUUAGUUGAAAUUUUGUCUCGAUUUUGCAGAUAGCUCAAAUUCUUAUAGUGGUGGAUUCAAAGAGGAAUGUCUUGUCGAGAUAAAUUCUGCAUGGUGCACGGUCACUUAUCUUUGCUUAUGGUGAAGUUUGAACCCUUAUAACUUAUAGGGGAGUUUGGUACCACUUAAUUUAGCUUAGAUCAACUUGAUCAAGUGUUUAUAACUUAUAGGGGAGCAUGGUACCACUUAAUUUAGCUUAGAUCAAAUUGAUCAAGUGUUCAUUGUUACCAUUUAAGUGGCAUAGGUUAAAAUGCAACCAUAGGAAAUGUAUAUUUGACUACCCUAAGUAAUUGUACACCACGAAUGGUUCAAUCUCAUGAUGUGAACUUGUCACGUUAAACACCUAAAUUCUUAUAAAAAUAUGAAGAUAAAAUCUCAAUUGAAGAUAAUAUCUAUUUGUUAAAAAGGUGGCAUGUUCAUAUUUUAAGUUGCACUUAGAAAACAUAGAUAAAAAUCUUAUGGAUAAAAUACAUCCUAUGUCAUUAAUUUAUUAUAAGUUUACAUUUUAGUCAUUCAGCUUAAAAAUGUUACAAAAAAUUAACUAAACUAUUCGAAAUCGUUGCAUUUAAAAUCGUUAUUGUAUGAAACAACUUUUGAAUGUUGCAAAUCUACAAACCAAAACCUAAACAAUUUUUUUUCUCCAAUCUUCAACAUUAACCAUCAAAUCAACUUGGAUUUAAGGUAUGUUCUUUUACUCGUUGAUAGGUACUGAUUUACCCUACUGAUCGUUAAAUUGUUAUUUAGAGCUUACUAGACGAACUUAAAAAAAAAAUUAUCAAUCCAGUGACUUAAAAUGAAAACUUUCAAAUAGUUUAGUGACAAUUUUGAAACUUUUUAAAGUUAGAGGACCAAAAUAUAAAAUUAAUGACCCAAAAAUUAUUUUUAUAAAGUAUUUAUUCGAUAUCUCCCAUAUCAUUAAUGAUGUUGUUUUCACCCCAAAAGAACAAAAUGACAUUUCUCUAUCAAACGUCGUCCUAAACAGCUUCCAUGGCAAACACGAGGGAUUAAAUUAAAAACUAGAAUGAACAACAAGGGUAGAUAAAAACCAAAGUUAAAACAAUCUUAAAGCUUAGCUUUCCACGUCAAAGCUUAAGAUAAAUUGAACACGUGUACAUAAGUUGUCGGGUCGGUGUUUCCCCACUCUGUUCUCCGAAUUCCAACUAACUUUUUUCUUUUAUUUUUUUUAUUUCAUUUUCAUUGGUUAACUUGUUCUUCAAAUUAAACUCCAAAUCCAAAGCCAAAACAGUUCCUUUCCCUUUUAUCUCUCGAAUACAAUGCUCGGAGUUCAACUUUGCUACCGUACAUUCUCCACUUUCUGGGUUUUCUCCCAUAAAUCAAAUGCUACUACUUGUCCCACCAUCCCUGCAUUUUCUUUCCCGUCGAUUCGUUCCUCUUCAAUCCGUUUACAUUUCACGGCGAAACUCCGGCCGGUUUCUUGCCACUCGAUCCGUAGUGGUAGCUUCGAUCCCCAAUUCAACGAAGGCGAUGAUAAAGAUCUUCAGUUCCUCGAAGCUUCUCUUCUCGUUUCAGAAACUGUUUCGCACUAUCGGAUGUUAAGGCAAGGAAUUAAAGAAGAAAUAAAAUGGCAAUCAUCGAGAAGAGAACAGCAUCCUAUGUCGAGGGCUAAAAUUGCUUCUAUUGGACAAUCUUUUCUUAGUCGUUUCCCUACUCCAACUAUUUUUCUCAAGAUUUCUUGUGAUGGGGAUUUCUUGUUACCCAUUAUUGUAGGGGAAUUUGCUGUUGAAAAACUUAUAGCUUCCUUUUCGGGAGAUGAUGAGGGGGAAUGUCCAGAUCAGUUCCAUCUUGUUAAAAAUGUUGUGGAGAAGCUUGGAUAUGAAGUUAAAAUGGUGAGAAUUACAGAAAGAGUAGUCAAUACUUACUUUGCAAAGUUGUAUUUUAGCAAGCCGGGAGAAAAUGAUGUGAUAAGUGUAGAUGCACGGCCCUCGGACGCCAUCAAUGUGGCUCAUAGAUGCAAGGCUCCAAUCUAUAUAAGUAAACAAAUUGUCUUGGAAGAUGCUAUUAGAAUUGGCUUUGGGAUGGGCAGAGUGCGCGAUACAACGCCUACUUACGAUGUAGUGCUUGACAGCGCUAUGGAGGGUCCGGAUUUAUUAACAGAGGAGCUUCAUCUGGUGAGGAAUAUGAAUUUAGCUGUUGAAGAAGAAAGGUACAAUGAUGCAGCAAUGUUAAGAGACAAACUAAUGAAGCUACGCAACUCGAGUCAUGAUCAGUAACAUGUUUUGAUUGUAACCAUGCUUGUAUGCUUGUUGGUUGGCCUACUUGUGAGCUAUAAUUCAUUUUCGAUUUUACUAUUACAAGCCAAAGGGUAUACCUUCUGGUUUCCGAGUUUCACCGGAAUGCUUCAGGAAGAUGCCUAUGCUAACCUCUUAACAUAGAAUAAUGCAUAAUCCUGCUUUACAGAAGAUGGUAUGUACGAAUGAGUCUCGUGUACAGGUACAAUCUUUCUUAAAGUGGCUUUUUAUUUUUCAUGUUUUUAGAGGAUGUUUAGAGGGUCAUAUCCUCGUACUCAUGUUCGGGCAAAGGAGCAACGUAGGCCAUGUAUAGAUAUAACAUUUUGACAUGUUGGACCAUAAUUAGGGUUAAGUUUGGAUUAACUUCAACAAUGAGAUAUAGCCAUGAUAAUGAAGGUUAUAUAUUCAAAGUUCACACAUGAAGUUGUUUGUAUUUUAUGAUUAUGCAAACUAUGAUGUAUAGCAGAAGACCAUAUAUUAUGGUUUUUUCAUAGAAUGUAAAUAUCUAAUUGUUUCUUGUUUUUCGAA